CUGAUCUUGGCGCAUGUGCAGCAUCGCCAUUGUCCGUGAGGAAAGCAAGUUCUACCGCUCUUUACAACCAGCAAGCCCCAAAUUUGUGGACAUUUUGCCGACUUUGAACGGCACCUAGAGCAACAGUGUGACUCUUAUCCCGUGCGGGGACACCUGAACUGCCACUUUUGGCCAUUAUAAAGUUUUACUUGGAUAUAUUCGGAAUUAAACCGGGCAAUGUCUGCUGGAGUCGACCAGAAGCCGAAAUCCCAAAGGGCUCAAGUUCAAAAUGGUCCAGUGAACCAAAAAGAUGGUGUUUCUGAUGAAGACUUUGAACGAUACAUGCAGACAAAUCAAGCCAAUCAGGGGUACACCGCUCCCAAUAUGGCACCUACACAGGACUAUAUGCCAAGUUACUACCCAUCCUAUUCCUUCCAAUACUCCAUGCCUGGCAGUGAGACUACCUGGUCUACAGGAGGGGACUUCAACAACUUCAACUAUGGGUAUGACAGCAGUUACCCUGCGGAGAACUACUACAACCAGCCUGGCACUACCCCGCCAUACUUGAACCAAGGCUUGAACUUCUUCCCGGGAAAUGCUGACUUCAUGACUGGAUCUUGGGGUAACAGCUCUGCUCCAGGACCACAGGGACAGCAGCAGGUGACCUCUCGUAGCCAGCAGGCAGCGCAGGGGACUUCUUACUAUGAUUAUGCCCGCUAUCCCAAUGCGUCUCAGCAGCCAGUGACGUCAGGUGGUCAACGUGGCUACCAGGGCAUUAAUGGACUGGACGGGCAUGAUGGGAAGGCUCAUGGUAUGAAGGCGGUUGAGCAGGGGAUGGCUGGACUGAAUAUUGGAGCAGCUGGCGACAAGCAGACAGGGAUUGGUGCGGUGAUGACCCAGAACGCCCAUGGAAUGCGGUCAGAUCAGGACAUGGUGCGUGGACAGCAAGUCACCACAUCCAUGGCUCAGCAGGCUCCUCCUCCGGCAGUCUCAGCCCCAGUGGCAGCUGCCAAACCCCAGUCUUGGGCAGCUAUUGCUAGCAAACCAGCAAAGCCUCAACCCAAACUGAAAACCAAGAUAGGAUCCCAUGCUCCUGUGCCAACUCAGCUCCCACCCAUGAAACAAACCAUGACCAUUGGCACUUGGAAUGGUAAUGACAAGCAAGGACCCAAGCCGGCGACCACUUCAAGCGCGUCCACCGUGCCGCCUCAGAUGCAGCAAGCAACCCAUUCCCAAGCCUCGUCCCAAGGACAGGGCGGUCAGGCCACUAAGCACCAAGAGCAUGUGCAAGGAGAGCAUAGUGGACAUCAUGGACAGCAGCAGCAGCAGCAGCAACAACAACAACAGCAGAGCCGUGCCCAUCAGCAGUCCCAACAGCAAAGGAACCAUGGCAGCAACCAACCCAAUCAACAACAGCAGAUGCAGCGCUGGAGUACCAGCACCAGUCAUGGGAGUAGUAACAGCUAUGCUUCUCAUUCUGGCAGUGGUGGCGGUAACAGUAGCAGUGCCAGUGGAACUUCUGGAAUGAGUUCCAUGUCAGGGAAUCAAGCUGGCAGUGGAGCUUCUUCCCAGCAGAGUAGCACACCCAGCCCUGUGCUGGAUAAACUGCGCUCAGCUAAUACAUACAACCCCGGCGAAUUCACACUGGAUGUUAAGAACUCGCGCAUGUUCAUCAUCAAGAGCUACUCAGAGGAUGAUAUUCAUCGCUCCAUCAAGUAUGGCAUCUGGUGCAGCACUGAGCACGGCAACAAACGCCUGGACAGUGCGUUCCGUGAGCGCGCCAACAAGGGACCCGUCUACCUGCUGUAUAGUGUCAAUGGCAGUGGACACUUCUGCGGUGUGGCCGAGAUGAUGUCACCGGUGGACUACAACGUCAAUACGGGUGUCUGGAUGCAAGACAAGUGGAAGGGGCGCUUUGACGUGCGUUGGGUGUAUGUCAAAGAUGUGCCUAACAGUCAGCUGCGUCACAUUCGGCUGGAGAACAACGACAAUAAGCCAGUGACAAACUCACGUGACACUCAGGAAGUUUCGCUGGACAAGGGACGUCAAGUGGUCAAGAUCAUCCAUGCAUACCGCCACACCACAUCCAUUUUUGACGACUUUGGGCAUUACGAGAAGCGCCAAGAGGAAGACACUGCACGUAAGCCCUCUGGUCGUGACCGUAGGAACCAACACAGGAACUAAUCAUGCGCUGUCGGGAAUGUUGCCCUCAAGUGCUCAAAUCGGAGCAUUCGGAGUAAUCCUAUGAAAGUAUCAUUACUGAGGAUCACGCAUGAAGGACCCAGGAAACUUCACUUGGAAACAUCAAUCAUCUCGCUGAUUGUGAUGUUCGCAUUUAGAGAGAGGCAGUUUGCAUCUUGUGAAGUUAACAUAAUUUAAAAAAAAACAAGUUAGUAUUUUUGUCGUACCUUAAUGGUAAAGGAACUCCCAAACUCUCUGGAAAAAACAAACAAAACCGUCAACUUCUUAAGUAUUAUGUAAUGAACAGCAGCAACAUGUGAAAAAACUGCAGAACUACGAUAAGCACACAAUUCGAAUCAACAAGACUGAAGUAGUGAUGAACAUACAUAUGUAAGAGUGGUCGUCGUAUAACCCUGUGUUGCAUAAUUAUUGCUGGAUAGCGGUGAUGUUUUACAUUAUUUACUCUGUGGAUAUCUUGGAUGGAUGUUUUAAAAAACUUAAUGGAUAGUCAACUAAAGUACCUUUAAUUGUGCUUAAUGCUAUUUUGCUUUUUGCUUCUUCAGUGAACUCUUAGAGAGUUGUUUGUUACUCGGGAGAAAUAAACCCAAGAUUUCAGACCUGGCUAAAGCAGGAUUUUUUCUGGACCUCAGAAGCUGGGAAGAUAACCCUGCUAGGAAUUUCCACCAACAGAAUUUUUUAUGUUGUGAUUUGGACUGAUAACGCAACGUGUGGUUUUGCCAUGAGGAGACAUCUGAGAUCACUCCAAUUUUAAAAUUGUGUUUGCACUCAAAGGGAAGUCAUCAGUGCAAGUAAGAACGCGAACCUGUAAACUUACGAAAUUCCUUGCACUUGUGUUUGUAAACACCAGUAAAUAUCUUAGACAGUCUCUAAAAAGCAAGAGUUGAAGUAAAUGGUUACAGAGUUCAGACUUCAGUUUUUAAUUGGAUGGCUGGAGCUUGAUCAUGCAUAAAGUAUGGUGCUCUUGACGCCACCACCAUGAAAGAUAUUGUCAUCUGGUUAUGUGGAGCCAGACCUGCAGUCGCCGUGGUUUCCUCAAAACACCACAUUCACAGGAGCCAUGGAGUCUUUGCUACCAGAUUAUGAACUACCUCGUCUGUGUUUUGUAGGCCUUGGAUGGCUAGAUUUUGCUGAAAAACACAACUGGUGUUCAUCACUUCCAGGAGAGUUGCUUGACAAGAAAUGUUGUAUGUUAUCCCACCCGCAGCACCAUUGUUUACAAAUUCUAAUGUGAAGAAACUUCACUUUAAACGACAGACCAAGAGGACGAGGGGUUGUCAACAUGACAUCACAAAUCACCAAUGUAAUGUUGACUUGAGAAGAGGCUUCCAGUCUUCUGCCAUUACAUUUACAGUUAUGUAUUGUCAUCAGGUGAAUGCUAACAAAAUUUGAAACAAUAGACAGUCCACUGUCUUCACAUAUAUACUGUACUCAUACAAAUGGGGGGGGCGUAGUUGCCACCAGCUGGCACUUAAACAUUCCCUCCCCUUAUAAGGUUGUUUCCCAGGGUUUGUCCAUUUUUAAAUGAUAGAUACAUUUUUAAUGUUUACUUUUUAAUGUUGGAAUUGGUGUGGCUUCACAUUAAGUACAUGUAUCAGCCCGGCUCAUUCACACAUUGGCCAAUGAAGUGUGCAGCUGCAGCAUCAGUCAAUAGUGAGAGUUCUAGAUAACAAUUUUUGAAAACUGGACAAGGCGGAUGCUACCCUUGUUUGUAAUUGUUCCGCCCUUUCUUGAUGUUAACCACGGUUUAGCACCAUCUGCUGUGAAAGUCGAUCCAAAUUUUUCUGACUUUGUUUGUUGUUGCAUAAGCCCUGGCAAUAUCAGUCACAUCAAUAGCUAAAGCAUGUUUCACAAUGUACUUGUGCAGAACUGCUGUUUAUGGACAGUUAUGAGGACAAUCAACAGCAUUCCUCUACGGCACAGGCAACUUAAACUUCCCUUCCUGUGACCAUACUAAAGCAUGAGCCCUGGUUUUUUAAGGAAAUCUUUGUGCGUGUUCUGUGGACCUUGUUAGCGAUGUUGAAACAAAAAUAUUUGGAAUUGUGACACUGCUGGUCUGUGCGUAGGUAAACCCGAUACAUGUACCUGCAUGGUUAUUUGUUACUGCAAACAUUGGCACAGACAAAUGUGGUGUUGUGUUGAGCAGUGUAUGGUACUAUUAGUCACAUGUUUAACCAUGCCUUUGAUUUUAUGAGGAUCGCUGUUGAUUCUUGACUAUAGGUCCUGUGCAUGAACUAGAGAGAUUGAUACGUUACAGUGUUCCUAGCAGUGAUGUGCUGUAGGGCCAACACAUUGCAUGCCUUUAACACACUGUAAACAUUUGGUGCCAAGUAGGCAUGAUCUCAUGGUGUACUGGCCAAGCAUGUCUGCAUAGAGUCUAUAGUCUAUUCUCUGCAUCCUCUUUGUGGCGGUUUGUGUUAGUGGUAAUAUUAUUGUACCUGUUGGUGAACCCCCCUUAAUGAAAUGUCCGUUUUUGAACAAUUUAGAGUGAUGUCAUUGUUUGAUGGCCACGUUUUACAAAGCUUCCUAGCUUUGUGUCAGUGACAUCUAAGCCUGGUUUAUGUUACAAAGGUACGACCCUGAAAGAUGCUUCCCCAGGAGCUUUUGUUUAAUCUUGAUAAGCUUUGGUUUAUGUGCAUCCAGAAACUUUCACUAGAAGUAUUCAGAGAACUCACACGAAGUCUCAGUGGGAAGAAGGAUCCUGUCCCUAGUGAGCUUAACGAGCCAUUUGCCAGUCAAAUGUGAAUAGUUCCAGUUACCCACACUUAAAUAUUUGAAUUAUCAUUCCUACGCACGUCUGGUUACCGUACCGUAAUUAUGAUCGUCAUGUCGGUCUCCAGUUUUUGCUGGUUACCCUCAACCGUGCACAUCAAAGCAAGAGCUUGUAUUGGGUUUUGUUGUAAAGCAACAGUGCAUGUUGUCUAAACAGAAAGUCAGUGUUCGACAUUGAGAUCUAAAUCCUGGAGACAUGAGGGUUACUCAGAAAUGCCAUUUUUUAUGGAAUGUUACAUUGGGCGGAUGUAUAUUUUGAAUUACAUUGAUUCAGUGCAAAACCAAGUGUUCAAUUCAACGCUAGCCAGCUCUUAACGGUGCAUUUUACCCUCAUCAGAUUCUUUCAGCUGUGGCGCUUUAGUCGAACGAAAUCCUUUGUAAAGUUUGGAGAGCAUGUUGAAUGUCAUGCAAGAUCACCGUUUAAGGUUUUGCCGUGUCACAGAAGUAACACAGAAAUGGCAAUCCAUCAGUGCUGCUUUUGGAAAAAAGUCUGUAACGCGUCCAUUCCCGAAGUGGGUAUCUGAUCUGAUAGGUGACAAGACCAUGACUCCAUAAGAAAGUCGCCACAUUGGAUAAUAUCGACUCGAAUAUAGGAUUUCCGUCAAUGUAGACAUUUAUCGUCUUCAAAUGCAAUGCACAUAGUGUCAGGUUCACUUGCCCUUGCACUUUGUUUUUGAGACGUCACUCAACGUCAGGUGUUAAUUAGUGUACACUUUGUGGAGGCUGUUACCUUUGUCUUUUGUGAUGAUUAAUAUCUUCAUUUUAACCAAAAAUUGAGCAAGGAGGUAAAAUCUCGGCAGUAUCUAAAAUAUUUUCACAAAACCUUGUAGUGCAAAAAGAGGGAGAAAAGUUGGUGUUGCUUCGUGAUUUUAAUCGUUAUUUGCAAAUUAUUGCUGGGUUUGAUGGCAGAAAGCACGCACGGUAAACAUUCAGUCUACAUUUUAUUCGUUGGCAUAGCACUCUCAAAACAAGUCUAACAAAUGGUGAUUUUUAAAAACCUUCCGAUGUAAAAAUCACCCAAACCAAGUCUUAGCCAACUGGGAUUCGUACUAUUUUUCAGCUGUACACACGAAAGAGUUCAUUACUGCCUGUAUUGAUAUUAAUUAGAAUAGGUUAUAAAAGGCUUUCUUUCUCGUUAAAAUGAUACACAUGUAAUAACACUGUAUACCCGUUAAUAAAAUUUCUUUUUGUCUGUAGAAUACCUGUUGCGAAAAUUAAAAUUGGAAAAACGCUUCCCGCCUUACGUAUGUACAUUAUACUAAUUGAAGGUCAAAGGUCAUUAGAACGAUUGGACUUCAUGGAGUGGAUGUGAGGUAAUCAGAGUAAAUACAUCUAAAAAUGAAACUCAAGCUCUAAGCUUAUAGCACAGCAAAAUUUAAAUGAAUACAAUUCUGUGAUAAGAAGGCAGCAAACAAAAGUCUGGAAGCUUUCUGUUAGUUGAUUAGUGGAUGAAUUAAUAACAUGAGCAAUCUUAA